CGGACACACCCAGUCUCCUCUCUUCCUGGUUCCGGGCUGGCUACUUAUUUCCCGCCAUUUCCAGCUCUUCGUGAGUAGAGAAUGGAUUGGUUUCAUUGCAACCAGUGUUUCCGAAAAGAUGGGGCACAUUUCUUUGUCACCAGCUGUGGCCAUAUUUUCUGUAAAACGUGUGUGACUCUGGAAAAAUGUGCUGUUUGUGGAACUGCCUGCAAGCAUCUAGCUCUUUCUGAUAAUCUGAAACCUCAGGAGAAAAUGUUCUUCAGAAGCCCUGUGGAGACCGCUUUGCAGUAUUUUAAUCACAUCUCUCAGGUGUGGAGUUUCCAGAAGAAACAAACAGAUCUCCUCAUCGCCUUUCAAAAGCAUAGAAUCACGAAGUUGGAAGCAGCCAUGCAAGAAGCACAGCAAACAAUGGCCAGCCAGGACAAAGAGCUGUCUAUGUUAAAAAAGGAGAAUGGAGAGCUGAAGAAAUAUCUGGCCCUUCUAAAGGAAUCUCCAAGUCGGUACCAAGGAAGCAGGUUGACCACACCCCGACCAGUGGGCAUUACUUCCCCAACACAGUCAGUGACUCCUCGGCCCAGUUGCCAUCAUAGUAGCCAAGUGGUCAGUCGAUCUUCCUCAGUGGAGUCCAUCCCUUACAGAGUGGCUGACUUUGGUAGCAUAGGACAAGGCAGAGGCCUGCAGGGAAGGAGCACUCCCAGAGACUCUUACACUGAAACCCCUUCCCCAGCUUCAUCUCACAGUCUUUCUUACAGGCCUUCAUCUGCCUCCUCUGGACAGGGGAUUUUUUCUUUCAGAUCAUCCCUAACUGGGGACUCAGGCCCCUUCAGAGUCCGCACUCCUAACAGUUCUGGUCCCAGGGAGGGCAGAGCCACACAGGACAGUCUUCCUGGUCUCCAGCUACCAGCCCUGCAGACUCUCUACCAACAGAGGCAGAUGGGAUUAGCCAGGGGGAAUGAAGCAUGGAGCACUUCGAGAUAGAGCAUCUUCAAGAUCUGGCCUGCAAGCACUACUGAAGGGUGGACUGGAGCAUCCUGUACCCACUAGGGGAGAUGGCCUCGGAUAAUGGACCCUCGCUUUGUUUCCUGGUUUCAUUCUGCAUCUUUUCUGUCUUUACCCUACACACCCUGUGUUACCUCCCAGGAAAGUGGCCAGGUUUUAUGCAUGGCCAGGGCUUUAAGAAAAGUUUGUAUCACUCCCAGAAGACAUAUGUAGCUCCCUUCAUUUUCUGUAACUUCCAACUAAGGUUGUUAAAAUAUUCUUGCCAUCAUGCUUGAGCUGGGUGUGGGGGUAAUAAACUCA